AUGACUACUUAUAAAUUGACGUACUUCAACCUGACAGCUCGGGCCGAACAGAUUCGAUUCCUCUUAUCGUAUCUGAACGUCGAUUUUGAAGAUUUUCGUUUCGAACGCGAGCAAUGGCCAGCAAUCAAACCUACCAUGCCGUUCGGUAAAGUGCCAGUGUUGGAAAUCGACGGAAAAACGUUUAAUCAGUCCAUGGCUAUCUGUCGGUAUUUGGCGAAAAAAGCCGGCUUGGCUGGUGACGACGAAUGGGAAUCGUUAUUGGUAGACGUUGCAGUCGAUAACAUUUACGAGAUAAGACAAGAAAUCAUGAACUACUAUCAUGAACCAAAUGAGGAAAUAAAAUCAAAAUUACGUGGCCCUAUCGUGAAUGAUUCGAUUCCAUUUUAUAUUGAUAGAUUUGAAAAAAUUGUUUCUGAAAACGGUGGUUACUUUGUAAAUGGAAAGUUAUCUUGGCCUGACUUAUACUUUGUAUCUAUAUUGGAUCACAUAAAAUCGAUAAUAGAUGUCGACCUGAUUGAUGGCCGUCCACAUCUCACUGCUCUUAAACACAAAGUCUUGGCUAUUCCUCAGAUAAAAUCAUGGAUCGCUAAACGACCAAAAAGUCAAUGA